GGAGUCGCGGCUGCGGGGGCCGCGGCCCGCCAGAGGGCGAUGCGGCGGAGGAGACGGGGCAGGCCCCACCUCCUUUGUCCGCCCUGCCCUCCCAUUGGCCGGGGCGGGGGGUCGGGGGCGGAGACCGGCCCGGGGGCGGAGCCGAGCUCUUCGGGCGCGGGGCAGGUGGCGCGCGCGCGGCGGGGCCGGUGCGCGGGGCGGCGGUCGAACUGGGGCUGCCGGCCCCGGGCCCGCCGGUGCCAUGGACGGCCUGCGCCAGCGCCUCGAGCGGCUGCUGGAGCAGAGGAACGUGGUCACCGAGGCGCUCGGGGCGCUCGAAGCCAGGACUGGUGUCGACAAGCGGUACUUGGCCACGGGAGCCGCCACUCUGCUAGGCCUGUAUCUUUUAUUCGGUUACGGGGCGUCUCUGUUGUGCAACCUCAUCGGCUUUGUAUACCCCGCAUAUGCCUCAGUCAAAGCCAUCGAGAGCCCAAACAAAGACGACGAUACUGUGUGGCUCACCUACUGGGUGGUGUACGGCCUGUUCGGGCUGGCCGAGUUCUUCAGCGACCUGCUCCUGUCCUGGUUCCCUUUCUACUACGUGGGCAAGUGCGGCUUCCUGUUGUUCUGCAUGGCCCCCGGGCCCUGGAACGGGGCGCACCUGCUGUACCAUCGAGUCAUCCGCCCACUGUUUCUAAAGCAUCACGAGGCAGUGGACAGCAUCGUGAGCGACCUCAGCCGGCGAGCCUUGGACGCGGCGGCCGGAGUAACCCGGGACGUCCUGCAGACCCUGGCCCGCAGCCGGGCUCUCGUCACCCCAGCGGCUGCGGCGGGAAGCCCCCCGCUGCCCGCGGAGCCGACCGUACGUAACCCCACCCCCUGGGAGGUAGGGCCUGUGUGUGUGCGCCCGCAUGCGCAUGUGCGGGCGUGCAUUUAUGCGUGGGGUGCACGCAUGUGUGUGUGUGCCUCUGUCCCUGCCAAGGGUAGCCGCUGGCCCCUUGAGCUGGCCCCACGCCAGCCCCCCCCCCCGUAGCUGAAGACAGCUCUG